UGCUGUCUGACAGACGUCAUGAUGUUCUCCUACAGAUGCUGCUGCUGUCGGUUCUCCUGCUGCUGGUUCCACUGUGGACCAGCUGCUCGGGCUUCUUCCUCCCUCUGGACUGCCUGGACAUCCAGGACCGGGACCAGAGCAAACCCAGUGGAGUUUACACCAUCUACCCCAUCGGAGCCACGUCUGGUGUCCAGGUGUACUGUGACAUGGAGUCCCAGGCAGGAGGCUGGACGGUGUUCCAGAGGAGGCUGGACGGCUCGGUCAACUUCUACAGGCCCUGGACCCACUACAAGACGGGCUUCGGUUCUGCUGCUGGAGAGUACUGGCUGGGCCUGGAGAAUCUCUACCAGCUCACUUUGAGGAAAAGGUACGAGCUGCUGGUGGACAUGGAGGACUUCAGUGGAAACAAGGUGUUUGCUCGGUACUCCUCGUUCUCCAUCCAGUCAGAAUCCAACGGAUACAGACUUCAAGUGUCUGGAUUCAUCAAUGGAGGGGCAGGAAACGCCCUGAGUCUUCAUAAUGGACAGAAGUUCUCCACCUUUGACAAAGACCAGGACUCCGAUGCAGGGAACUGUGCCAGACUAUACCUGGGGGCGUUCUGGUACACUGCCUGUCACACUACAAACCCUAAUGGUGUUUAUCGCUGGGGGGCAGAUAGAACCAUCUAUGCAGUUGGAGUAGAAUGGUCCUCCUGGAAGGGUCAUGACUACUCCCUGAAGACCAUCAGCAUGAAGAUCCGUCCUGUAGAGUAA